ACAAGAUGGCGUCGGCUACCCAGGGCGGGAGAACUGGUGGUGGCGGAGGAAGUAGUGGGGCUGGCGGUGGUCCUAGCUGUGGGUCAGGCAGUGGCCGCAGCGGCUUGUUGGAUAAGUGGAAGAUUGAUGAUAAGCCUGUAAAAAUUGACAAAUGGGAUGGAUCAGCUGUGAAGAAUUCUUUGGAUGAUUCUGCCAAAAAGGUACUUCUGGAAAAGUACAAGUACGUGGAGAAUUUUGGUCUAAUUGACGGUCGCCUCACCAUCUGUACCAUCUCCUGUUUCUUUGCCAUAGUGGCUUUGAUUUGGGAUUAUAUGCACCCUUUUCCAGAGUCCAAGCCUGUUUUGGCUUUGUGCGUCAUAUCCUAUUUUGUGAUGAUGGGGAUCCUGACCAUUUAUACCUCAUAUAAGGAGAAAAGCAUCUUCCUUGUAGCCCACAGGAAGGAUCCUACAGGGAUGGAUCCUGAUGAUAUUUGGCAACUGUCCUCCAGUCUCAAAAGGUUUGAUGACAAAUACACUCUGAAGCUGACCUUCAUCAGUGGGAGAACAAAGCAGCAGCGAGAAGCUGAGUUCACCAAAUCCAUUGCUAAGUUUUUUGACCACAGUGGGACACUGGUCAUGGAUGCAUAUGAACCUGAAAUAUCCAGGCUCCAUGACAGUCUUGCCACAGAAAGAAAAAUAAAAUAGCCAAUUCUAAGAGCAACCAUCUUUUGCAAGAUCAUGCGGAAUUACAGGAUGAGAAGGAAAGAAGGAGAGAAAAGUAAAAAAAUGUUAAAUGUUCCUGUUUUGACCUGGAAUUUAGUCCAUUCUGGAUAAAUAGGAUUUUCUGUCUGAGAUAUGAGAAAUUAUAGCUCUGAUAUCUAGCUGUAGCCUCUUGGUCUGCUAAUUACGCUGUUUUCAUUUGCUUUUCUGGAAAAGCAUUUUUGCUAAAAACUGAACAGACUUUC